AUGUCAGGGCUCGAACCUAUAGCAGCCCUAGGCCUUGCCUGCAAUAUUCUACAAGUCAUCGGCACUGGGCUCGAGACAGUGCGGGUUGCCAAGCAGGUGUACCAGAACGAUAAACUUGACCCCGCACUCACAGAGAGCGCCAGGAUUCUCGACGACCUCUCGAGCCGGAUCCGAUCAACCACAACAGUAGCAUCUACGGCGAAGCCUAAAGCGCAGGAAAAGCAGCUGUUCGACCUCGCCGAGAAGUGCCAACGCGCGUCGCGGGCCCUAUGCGAGGAGGUCAACUUCCUCAACGGCCAACCGACCAAAGCCAAGCUGUCUGGGUCGAUCAAGACCGCGUUGAAGACGAUGUGGAGAAAGAGGCGCCUGGAGACGCUGGACCAGCAGCUCAAGGAGGCAGAGAGCCUCCUACAGACGGGACUCCUCACCACAAUCUUCGAGCAAUCAAACAGUGAUCUAUCAUCCCUCGAUGCAGAUUUGAAGGCAUUCAUCGUCGAAUACCGUAAAGGGCACGCUGGGGCAACCGAUCUCAUGAGGAAGCACAUCCCCGCUGAAAUUGAGACGAAUCGGAAGGCUAUCGAGCUCCACGUCACGCAAACAGUGAGCGAGGCCGAGAGUUCUCUGAAAAGUCAUAUCGGCGUCGCUAUAGGAGGCGUAACGAGGCACGAGCAAGACGCUCAAAUACAGAACAAGAGAGACCGACUCCUCCGAAGCCUCAAGUUCGACCGCAUGAACGAACGGAGAAACCAAGUCACGUCCUCACACCAUAACACUUUCACAUGGAUGUUGCGGGAUGGGAGCGAAGUCGAGGGAAGCCAGAGGUCAACUGAAAUGUUCGACCAUGAGUCUGGUUCAAGUUGGCAAGAUGGCCGUGAUAAUUGGGAGCUGUCAUAUGCAAGAACCUCCUGGGACAGCUUCUCCGACUGGCUGAGAUCAACAGACUCGGUAUACUGGAUCAGUGGAAAGCCUGGUUCAGGGAAAACAACGCUCAUGAAAUACAUCCUCGGCCAGCCCCAGACGCAGACGUAUCUGGACCAAUGGAAGCCUGACGCAAUAAUUAUAUCUCACUUUUUCUGGCGACCUGGUACCGUUAUGCAGCAGAGCAUCAAGGGUCUCAUGUCUUCACUGCUCCACCAGUUGCUUCUCGGGGAACCAGGAGUUGUCGACCAAGUUCUUGGCAGCACCGCAGAUAUGCCCAGGAAAGAAUCGGAAACAGACUGGUCGCCCGAGGAACUUCGAGAAACUCUCCACUAUGUGAUCAGCCGCUAUCCGAGGCCUAUCGCUAUCUUUCUUGAUGGCCUCGAUGAGGUCCUUCCUAGAGAUGGCGUACUACGGUUGCUCAACAUUAUUGAUCAGCUGAGGCAGCCAUGUGGAGACACCGGGAAGAUCAAACUUUGCCUUGGUUCACGCCCAGAGACGCUCCUUUACAAACACUUGUGUGGUUAUCCGCAGCUUCGUCUUGAGCAACUCAACCGUGUGGAUCUUUGGCAGUACGGCAAUGACCAUGUCAUAAUUCCGUCUGACUAUCGCAUUGUCAUUCCCUACAAUCACGGAAUGUACUACCCAGCCGUGAACUACCCCCGAGAAAAACCACCAAGUCGGGAUGAGUUCAGAGAGUGGCUUGUGUGGACCCUCGUGACCAAGGCUGAGGGAGUCUUCCUUUGGUUGUGCCUCACUGUCACAACGAUCGCAAAAGCACUCAAUCAGGAUGAAACAUUUGAGGACUUGGAGGCUCGAAUUCAAAGCCUGCCCAGUGAUCUGGCAGACUUGUACGCAGAUAUGUGGAAUAGGAUGAACGAUGAUGGUAGUCAUCUCAGAGUCCGCGCAGCUUCGUACCUUCAACUGGCACUUGCUAACACAGGCUAUGGCCCUGAAUGGCCUCUCAACCUCUUCACCAUGAUGGUGUCAACAACUCCCGAAAAGGCCGGAAUUCUUCUCCGGCCAGACCCAUCCCAACGAACAUCGAAGCUCUUUGAGCUCAUUUCUCUCUUUAUCACGAAUGGGGCGGACCCUCACGAGGAGAUACACGUUGCCAUUGAGGCCAAGGCCGGGCGUAUAGAAUUUAAGGACCUAUGGCCUGAGGGCUACAGAUGGGAAACAGAGGAAAGCCCCGAGGGUUCACCGACAGAAUCUGGGCACAUUCUUAUCAUCCUCGCCUACCCGGCCUCUGCACUACUAGCCAACAUUCUCCAGAUCUGGAAGGUUGCAGAUCAUUCUCAGGUGGGCUGGGUCCCCAAAAUAUGCGAGUUGCCGGGGAGCGGCGUCGGAAAGGGCCGUCCAAUUUCCGUUGUCGAAAUGGGGGACGUUUACAAAAGGCGGGUAAUGGGUCGCACCCCACCACUGUUUCUGUCAACGGGGAUUUUCAAUAUGAGACACGAAGCCGGCAUGGAAAAGCAUUUCCUAGGCCUCAUACGCCUCGUAGAAGAGAGUCUGCAAGGCGUCGUUGCGGAGGGAAAGAAGCAUUUUAACGAGUACUCUGGGGGUUGCCUUUCUCAUGUCUCCGUCCCCUUGGAGGUUCAAGCAGAGAUGGAGGCCGGUCUUCAAAGACUGAGAUCCACCAAUGUGCCAGUGAAGGAAAGACGCAAGGAGCUCCGGACGAGAUUGGGCGUGAUCACACCACUGGAGGAGCCGGAGUGGCAAAACCUGACCUUCACUGUUAAUUCUUCGCAACUUGUGUCACGUACGCCUCCAAGUGAAGACGGUUCGAGCAAGGAGGGGAAGGAGGACGAAUAA